AUGCAUGUGCAAGGAACCAUGGCUGCAUCUCCCCUGCUCCUUCUCCUUGGAGCUCUCUCCUUUAUCUCUCGAGUAGCCGCCUCUAACUACUCCGCUCUUCUCUCCAACCUUUCCUCGUCCACAGAGGUUUACUAUCCUAGCGAUGCCAAUUGGACCGACACCGUCCAGCGAUGGACCGCUUGGGAUGAACCCUCCUUCGCUCUGGCCAUUAAGCCUGCCUCUGUUGCUGACCUGCAGACGAUUGUCAAAUAUUCUUCCGAGUAUAAUGUCUCAUUUUUGGCUAGUGGCGGAGGCCAUGGAUACAGUACAUCUUUCGGGGACCUUCAAAAUGGUCUCAAGAUUGACCUCGGCCUGUUCAACGGCGUUACUAUUGAUACAAAUCGGAACACUAUGACCAUUGGUGGCUCUGUUAAAUUCUCUCAAGUUGUUGGACCUCUCUUCAAAGCUGGGAAGGAGAUUCAAAUUGGGUCCUGUCCUUGCGUGGGGAUGGUGGGUGCUACCCUCGGUGGUGGUGUUGGUAGAUUCCAAGGCCUGCACGGUCUUAUUCUCGAUGCUUUGGAGUCGGUUAAGCUCAUCACUGCCGCUGGCGAUCUCAUCACCGUCUCUGCCUCGGAGAACAAAGAUCUCUUCUGGGGCCUUCGUGGCGCUGGUUUCAACUAUGGCAUCGUCACCUCGGCCACAUACAACAUUUACGAUCUGGUCAACGACGGCAAUGUGCUCAACGCCGACUUCAUGUUCCCGGCCAGCGUUAAUGAGACCUAUUUCAACAUUCUGGCUAGUUAUGAAACCUUGCCUGCCGGUUUGUCCUUGUAUACUUUGGUUAUGAAUGCCCCUUCCGUUGGACCCGUUAUCCUCCUGAAUGCCGUCUACCCCGGUCCCAAGCAAGAGGGACUCGACCUAAUUGCUCCUUUUCUCAACCUGACCUCUAUUCAACGCAACAUCACCAUGGUCAACUGGGACGUAGUUGAUUACGCCGCCGGUUUUGGACUGGGCACGGCAUUUUGUGUCAACGGCGAAAAGCACGAUAUGUGGUCCGUCGGCGUACGCUCCAUCGAUGCAACGACACACAUUGAUUACUUUAACAAGCUCGUUCAGUUCUGGAAUGAGUAUCCCGCCGCGUCGGGAAGUACCUGGCAGGUCGAGUACUUCCCUAUCCAGGCCAUCACUGCUAUUGCAGAUGACUCCACUGCCUAUCCUCAUCGCCAAAUUACCGCACAUGAAAUGUUUUCAUUUAACAUUACCGAUAGCUCCAUCGGCGAUAAGGUAGACGACUUUGCCCUUGCCGCUGUUGAGGCCUUUAAUGCGACCAGUGGAUUUGAUGACCUGCGCAUCUAUGUCAGCUAUGCCCAUGGCACGGAGGGAUUGAAUCCCAUGUAUGGCGCCGAGAAGCUGCCUCGGUUAUUGAAGCUGAAAAAGAAGUGGGAUCCCAAGGGCUUGUUCAGCUACAAUAAUGGAUUGCCCCACUGA